GUUUCCCGCCGCCAGCCAGACUUUUGAGCUGUGAGGGGGCGAGGCGGGAGCGGGGCUUCCGACGUGGGCCUUAAACCAAUCGGCGCGCUCCCCUUUGUAAGAGACAGCUCCAGUAACCAAUCAGCCAACCGACUCUCUUCCGGAUUUCGCAUUCCCGCCACCCGGGUGGCAGCCGUUACUGGUGCCGCGCGCGCGGGGUUUCAGUAGAUCAUGGAAAACACCCAGGUUAUUGACUGGGAUGCUGAAGAAGAAGAGGAGACAGAAAUAUCCAGUGGGUCCUUGGGGUAUAGCUUGGAGCCUAUAGGGCGGCUACGUCUCUUUAGUGGUACUCAUGGACCAGAAAGAGAUUUCCCACUCUACCUUGGCAAGAAUGUAAUUGGCCGAAGCCCUGACUGCUCUGUGGCCCUGCCUUUUCCAUCCAUCUCUAAACAGCAUGCAGUGAUUGAGAUCUCAGCUUGCAAUAAAGCCCCUAUCCUUCAGGAUUGUGGGAGCCUCAAUGGCACUCAACUGGUAAAGCCCCCUAAGGUCCUAACCCCUGGAGUGAGCCAUCGUCUGAGGGACCAGGAAUUAAUUCUGUUUGCAGACUUUCCCUGCCAGUACCGUCGCUUGGAUGUCCCUCCACCUUUGGUCUCUCGGGGACUUCUAACGGUAGAGAAGACCCCCAGAAUACAGGGAGGAUCCCAAACCUCCAGAGUUUUGUUGGCUGAGGAUUCGGAGGAGGAAGUGGAUUUUCCUUCUGGAAGGUAUGUGGCAAAUGGAUCAAGGAAUCCAACAUCUCCGUCAGCAACAGUGGUUCCAGAAAGUGAUGAAGAGGGGUCUUCUCCAGCCUCAAGUGUCCGUGGACCGUCUUUGCCCUUUGACUUGGGUAGUGACACAGAUGAAGAGCAAGGUCAGCAGCCGGCAGUGGGGGAGGCCUCUCCAGUUGCUAGGGAUGGUGCUGCUGCAGAGACCGAGCAGCCGGAAGCUAAUGGAAUGACAGCUGGCAUUCAGGUGGUACUGGCUCAGCCUACUGAGCAAAAGUGCAGGGACACAAAAGUCAAGAUUGGAGCACGCAACAGAGCGGCUCUGGUUCGGACAGUUCUGGACAGGAGCUCCACUGUAGGUGAGGACAGUGACACAGAAGUGGAUGAAGAUCUCCAGCCUUCUGGCUUUGUGGACAGUGAUACAGAUAUGGAAGAAGAGAGGAUUCCUGUGACCCCAGUUCCUGGGAAUAAGCAAGUAAUGCUUGGAAUUGGUACAAGGGAUCCUGGAGCACCUGGUGUGGCACAUCUACAGGACAACACAGCUGGUAGUGACACAGAUGUGGAGAAGGGCAGGACUCCACUGGCUGUCCCUCCAGAGAGAGACCACACACAUAUGGUGAUCAACAGUGACACAGAUGAGGAGGAUGAAGUCUCAGCAGCACUCACCUUGGCCCAUCUCAAAGAGAGAGGGAUCACUUUGUGGAGCAGAGACUCAGGCGUGGAAGAGGUCAAGUCCCAACCACAGGUCCUUGUGGAACGAAGCCAGAGUGCCUCUGGGAGAGACAGUGACACAGACUUGGAGGAGGGAAAGAGAGAAAUGGUCCCUGACAGCCCCAUGGACAUAGAUGGGGCUCUUAUUGUCACACAUUCAGAGAGCCAGCCUCCCUAUAGACCCAGUGAUGUAGGUGAGGGUGUGGAUAUGAGCUCCCCUGGUGACCAUCUAGAGGGAAAUGAGGCCUCCUCUGCCACAGUAGACAACAAUGGUGCACAAGUGGAGGAGGAAGUCCCACCAGAGCCAGCAGCUGUUACCCUAGAGGAAAAGCACCAGCUACCUCUAGAGGAAGCCCAGCCUCCUGAGGAGGCCUGGGAAACAGCUGUGAGGGAAGGCUCAUCUUCAGCAGCAGCAGCAGAUGUAAAAUGGAUCCAGCAGCCAGUGGUAGAAGAUGCUGGGACAGAGUGGGCUGUAGCUGUUUGUGAGCAGGAGAGCACUCUGGAGGUAGGGGUCCAAGGCAGGUCACCUGUUGCACUGGUGGAGCCGGUGGUGGUGUCUACAGCUACUGCAGGAGAUCCCACCCCCACAGGAAAGGCAAGAGGAGCACAAAUGGGCAGGACUAAGAAUGCCAAAGACUGCAGUGAUGAAUCUGAGGAUCUUUGUCUUCCUGCUACCCAGUGCUUUGUAGAAAGGGAGGACCAGAACUCAGCUGUCCAGAGUUUGGAAGAUGAGCCUACCCAAAUCUUCCCAUGUACUCUUCCACAAGAGCCUGGACCUUCCCAUCUUAGCCUUCAGACUCCAGGUACCCCAGAUGUGCCUUGGGAAGUCUUGGCUACACAGCCGUUUUGUCUGAGAGAACCUGAGGCCUCUGAACCCCAACUUAUUGCCACCCACCUUGAAGCUCAUGGAUCCCAUCCAUCUGUGCCUAGUGUAUCAGCAGGGCCCCAGCAUCUGGUUCACACAGAGCUGUUGGGAAUUGAAGGCAGAGAGAUGCAGACUGUGGAGAAAGCCAUGGGUAUACCAAAGGACACAGCAGACAGGGUGGCCCCUGAGAGAGAGCUGCUGGAAAGGAAAAUCAGGGAAAGAACACCAAGCAGUGAGCAGGAAGACCUGAUGGGGGAAGAAGAGCUAGCUCAGGGGGUGGAGGACAGAGGGCCAAGGAAGGUGCUAGCUAGAGACAGACAGGGACAAGAGCCUGACAUGGUGAAGGGUAGUGAUUCUGAAGGGAAUAAGGAGAGUGUGAUGGAAGAAAUGGAAAUGUCCAAAGACAUACAGAAGAAAGAGAGGGAAGCAGGGAGACCAGAACCAGAAGUGACCCUGGAUAGGGGGGUGACAGAGGGAGGGAGCCAUGAUCAGAAAGAGCAGAUUGCCGAUCUAACACUAAAGCCUGGAUUUGGCAUGCGGGACCUUGAGGGACUUGCAUCAGCCCUCAUAGUCUCUGGGAGCCAGGGCCAUGGAGGAAAGGGAACCCCUGUGAGCCCCAGGAGGCAGCAGAGAGGCCACUUGAGUUUCAAGAUGACAUCUGCUGGAGAGGCUUCCAGGGGUGAUCCAGAUACCUUGGCCCAUCACCUGCUUUCUCCAGUUCCUGAAGCUUCUGUUCCACCUCAGAGUCUCUUCACCUCUCAGAGUCAAAAGCAGUCUACACCCCAGCCUCUGUUUUUGACUUCUUCCCCUCCUGAGACUCUUCACACAAAGCCUAACAUCAGGCCUCGGCGGUCCUCCAGGAUGACACCUUCCCCACACUCUUCUGCUGCCCUUAAGCCCUAUAGUACCUGCUCCCCAAACCUGUCUGCUGCCCCUAGAGCAACAUCUCGGGCCACUCGAGGCAGGGCAAAUAGGUCCUCUACCAGGACCCCGGAACCAAUUGUCCCUACAGACUCUGAGCUCCAGCCUUCAACCUCCACAGAACAGCCUGUCAUCCCCAAACCCACAUCUCUGGUCACUCAGGGCAGCACAGAUGGUUCCUUUGUUAAAACACCUGAACCAGUUGUUCUCACAGGUCUUGAAAUCCAGCCUCCCACCUCCACAGAACAGCUUGUUACCCCAAACCCCGCACCUCGGGCUACUCGGGGCAGGCCACGUAGGUCUUCCAUCAAGACCCCAGAACCACUUACUCCCACUGUUCCUGACUUGCAGCCUCCCACUUUCACAGAACAACCUGUCAUACCUAAACCCAUAUCUCAGGCCACUCGGGGCAGGUUACAUAAGUCUUCUACUAGGACUCCAGAACCAGUUAUCCCCACUAUCUCUGAAUUCCAGCCUCCCACCUCCACAGAACAGCCUGUCACUCCUAACCCCACAUCUCGGGCCACUCGGGGCAGGCCACGUAAGUCUAUCAGAACCCCAGAACCAGUUGUCCCCACUGUCUCUGAACUCCAGCCUCCCACCUCCACAGAACAGCAUGUCAACUCUGAGCCCUCAUCUCAGGACAGGACACAUAGGUCUUCUGUCAGAACUCCUGAAGCAAGCAUCCCCACAGUCCCUGAACUCCAGCCUUUCACAUCUAGAGUACAUCCUGCCCCCAAGCCCACAGCUCUGGGCACUUUGGGAAGGACAUGUAAGUCCUCCAUUGAGGAUUCUGAAUCAGUUGGACCCAUAGCCCCUGAUUUUGAGCCUCCCAUCUCCAUAGACCAUCUUGUUGCCCCUGAGGUGACAGGUCAGAGCAUAACACUAAAGUCUUCACCACUAAGUGGUUCUCCAGUUUCCUCCACCUCUGAACUCCAGCCUCCUAUCCCCACAGCCCAGCCUAUUCCCUUGGAGCCCAUUCCUCAAGCCAGUCACCGAAGGAGGCGGAAGGCUGCUGGGAAACAGGGUUCCCACACAGUUCCCAUUGGCCAGGAGCCUUACUCUGCACCUUCUGAACCUGAGUCCCAAUCUUCAACCAAUCAAGGCUCAGCAUUAGAAGCAGCUGAGUCUGUUACUGUUGUUCUUCCUGAGCCUGCCAUUCCCCAGGUUCCAGAGACCCCCACUCACAUCCCCCCGAUGCAAAAUGAAGCAGCUGGGAGAUCAGGGCUCAUUCCCAAGCCCCAUACCGAGGCUUCUCGGGGCCGAAAGAAGCCUCCUACCACUACAACCUCACCACUUCAAAAACGUCCCCGAAGACAAGUACCCCAGAAGACCAUAGUCCCCAAGGAAGAAGAUCCUGCAGAAACGCCAGUGAAGGAAGAGUCUCAGGAGAGAGCAAUUCCAACACCAGGCAAAAGGAAGAGGGACCGUGCAGAAGAUGAGACCCAGCGUAACCCAAGUAGAAGCCGGCGAACUAAACCUAACCAAGAAGCAGUAGCUCCCAAGGUACUGUUCACAGGAGUUGUGGAUUCUCGUGGAGAGCGUGCAGUCCUGGCUCUGGGAGGCAGUCUGGCCAGCUCAGUAAAUGAGGCCUCCCACUUGGUCACUGAUCGCAUCCGCAGGACAGUGAAGUUCUUGUGUGCCCUGGGGAAGGGGCUUCCUAUCCUCUCCCUGAAUUGGCUGUAUCAGUCCAGAAAGGCUGGUCACUUCCUGCCACCUGAUGACUACUUGGUGACUGAUCCUGAACAAGAGAAGAAUUUUAGCUUCAGCCUUCGGGAUGCCCUGAGCCGGGCUCAGCAACGAAAACUGCUGGAGGGCUAUGAGAUUCAUGUGACCCCUGGAGUGCAGCCCCCCCCACCUCAGAUGGGCGAGAUCAUCAGCUGCUGUGGGGGCACAAUCCUGCCCAGCAUGCCCCAUUCCUAUAAGCCUCAUCGAGUUGUCAUAACUUGCACUGAAGACCUGCCUCGCUGUGCUGUUCCGUCUCGCCUGGGGCUGCCCCUCCUGUCUCCUGAGUUCCUCCUGACAGGAGUGCUGAAGCAGGAAGCCACACCAGAGGCCUUUGUCCUCUCCAAUUUGGAAAUGUUAUCUUCCUAAAAAAAAAAAAAAAAAUCUACCUCUACCUCUCAGACCAGCAAACACUCCUAGAAAACAUUCGCAAAAAGGAACACACACAAUUAACACUGUGCAGAGUGGUCCACACCUUUAAUCUCAGCACUUGGAAGGCAGAAUUAGGCAGUCUUUUGUGAGUUCCAGGCCAGCCAGAGCUACAUAGUGAAAUUCUGUCUCAAAAACAAAACAAAAAAAACCCUUCAAGGCCUAAGAAGAUGUAUUGAAAUAAUUGCUUUGGGAAUAUGGAUAAGAACAAUGAGUUUUUGAAAAAGAAAAAGGAUUUUCCCCCCUCUGAGAUGUCCAUUUUGAAAUUGGCCAACCCAAGCUGGGGGUGUAGUACUGUGGCAAAGCACUUGCCAUCCGUGGUGGAGGCCCUGGUUCAGUCAGCAGCCUGUAGCCACACUGACUAAGCUGCUGUUCUAGGCCAGCACCCUGGUCUUGCCCCCUUUUCCUUUUUCUCCCAGGAUUCUUAGUCAAAGUGAACCAGUUCCCAGAAAUACCUGACUGAGAAGAUGAGAGUAGCUCAUGGGAUAUGUUUUCUGGUAUGUGACUCUCCUGGUUAGAAAGGGCUUUUAGUUUUGCUGCACAUGGCCUGCUUUUCCAGUAUCUGCUGUUAGCUUUGGUCAUUUCUGUGGUAAGUCAGUGCUCACUCAGCCUGCCUGAUGUUGAAUUUCUGGUGUGGUGACAUAAGACAGUUUUGAACUUACAUUCAUUUAUCAGUAUUGAUUUAGAGUAAAUUGUAUUUGUUUUUAAAAGUUGGUCACUAACCUC